CUGUGCCCGAAUCACCUGAAUUUCAUCUUAGAACUUUGUACGAUUCAAGAAAUUGUGAACGAUGUUUUAUAACUGUGAAAUUCACUGGUUCACUUUAUUAUUGGCUUUCAAUGAAAUUGGAAUAUUAACUGGUGCCAAUCCACUUUCUUCAGAAUAUAAACCAGAUGAGACUAUAAUUAAACCAUGUAGAUCAGGUACAGCUGAUUGUAUGUUUGGUGAUUGUACAAAAAUUUGGCUAAGAAAAGGUAAAGAAAAACGUAUAAUUAUUCAAUGUCAAUGUUGGCCUGGAUAUACUGGUGAUUGGUGUAAUAUUUAUCCACCAGAACGUAUGCCAUGGAAAGGUUUAUUACAUACAGAAGGAAAAGAUGAAAUUACUCCUGUCAUUGAAAAUAGACGAAAAUUUCGUUCCUCUUUAGAUACAUGGAAUGAAUUAAUUCUUCAAUAUGCUGGAUACUUAGUAGAUGAUAAAAAUGAAUCAGCAACAAAACGACUGAUUAAUCGAUUUAUUAUCUAUCAAAACAGUUUUACAGCCGAUAAUAAUGAUAAUGAUAAUGAUGAUGAUCAUGAUGAAAGUUUGAAUUAUACAUCAAUUGAAACAUAAUCAUUCUACAUUAUCAUAAUUUAAAUCAUUGUCUUCUUCAUUGAAUAUGUAAUUAUUUUUCAUAAAUUUUAGUUCAGGUUA